AAAUCCCUAAAUUCAUAUCGUUCUUUCGCUUUUGGGGUGUAAAGGACGGAAUUUAACUGAUUAGUAACUGAACGAACUUGAACAAUAAGUUACUGGUUUGACCGUUCAUAAACGAUACAAGAUGUUUUUCGAUGGAUAUGGCUAUCAUGGGACAUCAUUCGAGCAGAGUUACCGUUGUUACCCUGCCUCUUUUAUUGAAAAGCCACAAAUUGAAAGUGGAGAUAAGAUUAUAAUGCCUCCGUCGGCCCUUGAUCGCUUAGCGUCUCUACACAUUGAUUAUCCAAUGUUAUUUGAGCUUCAGAAUGAUGCUGCUGAGCGUGUCUCUCACUGUGGAGUACUGGAGUUUAUUGCUGAAGAAGGCAUGAUCUAUAUGCCGUAUUGGAUGAUGGAGAAUUUGGUCCUACAAGAGGGAGAUAUUGUGAGGUUGAAAAACGUAACUCUUCCAAAGGGAACCUAUGUUAAACUGCAACCCCACACGAUGGACUUUUUAGAUAUCUCGAACCCAAAAGCUAUCCUGGAGACAACACUGAGGAAUUAUUCCUGUUUAACCACUGGAGAUAGUAUUAUGGUGGCAUAUAAUAACAAGAAGUAUUACAUAGAUAUCAUCGAGACAAAGCCAUCCAAUGCAAUAAGUAUCAUCGAGACAGACUGUGAGGUAGAUUUUGCUCCUCCCCUGGAUUACAAGGAGCCGGAAAGGCCCGCCGUAUCCACUUCUUCAAACAGGGCACCAUCUCAAGUUGAAGAAGCUCCUGCUGAGGCUGAACCAAAGUUCAGCGCCUUUACUGGUACAGCAAGACGCUUGGAUGGGAAGCCUCUAAAGGAGCAGCCUCCACCAGUUUCUUCAUCCGGGUCUAAAGACAAGGGGCCUGCUGUUUCUAAUGGGAAUAAUAGCCGACCUUCUUCGGGAUCUAGCUCACAAGCUUCUGCAGGCAAGGCUCAAGGGAAACUUGUAUUUGGACCAAAUGCAGGCCGUCCUAAAGAAACAAAACCGGAAUCUGGAAAAGAAACUAAACCGGAGCAGGCUGAGAAGAAGGAAGAGCCAAAGUUCCAGCCAUUUACGGGGAAAAAGUACUCGUUAAAGGGUUGAGCAAAUUUAUCCAUAAUUCACUUACCGUGCCUUUUUCGGUAGACGAAAACACCAGCAGCAUUAUACAUUCUGGAUGUAUUAUUAUCGAACAACCAAACUAUAGGUUCUCAUGUCAAAAUGAAGAAGGGAUUCUGUUGUGAAUUUUAAGAUAUUUCAAGUUUAUUUUUAUUUGAAUCAUUUCGAAUUCAGGUGAA